UUAGCAAGUGGAUGCAAUGCUAGAGCUUUACCGUUCGAUUCAACUGCGUUAGCAAUCCAUCCAAAGUCUAUGGCUUUAGUUACGCACGGGCACGCCUUACCUCCCGUCCGAGUCUCUCCUCCGCGCUUCUUAUGAGUUUUCUCAAACCAGGGACGUUGGUGAGUUACAGAAUCAGUACCAAAUCUGCCUCUUCGCUGUGGUCCUACCGGGAACACACGGCCGCGAGAGAGCCAUGACUCUGAGCUCCGAGAUGUCAGAUGCGUCUGUGCUCUCGGAAGAGACCGACAUCGAUGUGGUUGGAGAGGGCGACGAUGGCGACGGGCACUCGCGCUCCUACGUAGACGAGGUGGCGCAGAUACAUGACGAAAUCCUUCUCUCUGGCUCACCACCAUGCGUGGAUGUUUCUGCCGCGCGGGACACAUACAAACCAGCGACCAAGAACACUCUGGUGAAGCCUCCAUACUCCUAUAUCGCGCUGAUCACCAUGGCGAUCCUCCAGAGUCCCAAGAAGCGCCUCACACUUAGCGAAAUUUGCGAUUUCAUUAGUAACCGAUUUCCGUACUAUCGGGAAAAGUUCCCCGCCUGGCAGAACUCAAUCCGACACAACUUGUCGUUGAACGACUGUUUUGUUAAGAUUCCACGGGAACCCGGCAACCCUGGAAAAGGCAACUACUGGACGCUGGACCCCGAGUCAGCUGACAUGUUCGACAACGGGAGCUUCCUACGACGCCGGAAGCGUUUUAAGCGACAGCAAACGCCCGACCUUAUCCGGGACCACGGGGGUUUUCUCCCCGCCGCCGCGGCGUAUGGUUAUGGACCUUAUGGCUGCGGAUAUGGUCUUCAGCUGCAAACGUACCACUCGCACUCCGCACUCUUCGCCUUCCAGCCGCAGCAUCAACCGCCUCCGCCUUCUCGACAUGCAGGAACUCUGAUUCCCGCGCCAUCCCUUAUGCCAACCACAACCGAGCUUUCCCGUUCUCGCUUCUAUCCUCCGUUGAGUCCUGGCCUUUCAUCCCCUGUGCAGACUGCGGCUAAAUCACCAGUGCACCGUUCACCCUUUUCCAUAGAUAGCAUAAUAGGGACCUCUCUGAGUUCCACGCACUCGCACUGUGCCUCACGGACUUCCCCGGCGAUCUCCGUGCCACCGCCGACUCUUGUAUCUCAGCACUCUCCCAACCAAGCGCCGCCGCUAUCGAGAGUCGCGCACGGAGGACCAUCCUUGUACUCGGUGGUCGAAAACCUGUCGAACCGGAUUGUAAGUGGCUCAAGCGGCUGUUAAUUUCUUAACUUAACUUCAGUUUUUUAAAAAGAGAUACACACAAACGCUCCUGUGUUAAAGGUAGGAUUAUUUUUGUAUUGAUUUUGUUCGUACAUUUUUUGUUUUGAUAAACGCAGCUGAAUGGUGGAUAUUACCAAUAUUUGUGCCUAUAUUCAAGCUGUGAAAUAUAAGAUAUAUAUUUAUGUUAACAUUUAGUUCAAUCUACUUACAUCCCCACAAACGUUUCAUUUAAGUGAUUUGCGAUCACGACACAGGGUAUCUCAGGAUAACGAUAAAGGUCUUAACAGAAAAAUAAGAUAAACUGUCAAACCUUAAUAAUUGUCUACAACAAUGUAUUUUGUGUCGCGGCACCGUUGUUUUUUAGUCUGACGAACUGAAAUUUUUUGUUUCAAUUUGUGCUUUGUAAUGAAAAUUCAUAAGAAUCAUUCUUCGGAAAUUUUGAUGCAAUGUGUGCUUAUAUCAGUAAUAAAAUGUACAUUAUUUGGUAAGUUGUAUACUCGGAGUGUGAUAUUUUUACACGAUUUGUUUUACUAUAA